CUGUGGUCUUUCUGGAGCAGCAGAACCUCACUGAGCUGCUAAGGAGCAGAACGUUCUUCGCUCCCUUGAGAUCGCAAGUGUCGCGUGCACGUGAACGACAGACACUUCGAUAUGGCAAACAACUGUUACAACAUGGUGGUCACUGUGCUGCUGCUGGUGGGCUCCGAGAAGGUGAGAGCCGCGCAGAGCCCCUGUGACAACUGUAAACCUGGUACUUACUGCAGUAAAUACAAUCCAGUCUGCAAGAGAUGUCCUGAAAGCACAUACUCCAGCAUAGGGGGACAGCCGAACUGUGAUAUCUGCAGAGUGUGUCAAGGUUAUUUCAGGUUCAAGAAGCAUUGCUCCUUUACCCAAAACGCGGAGUGUGAGUGCACGGAGGGAUUCCACUGCUUGGGGCCAAAGUGCACCAGGUGUGAAAAGGACUGCAGGCCUGGCCAGGAGCUAACGGAGCAGGGUUGUAAGACCUGUAGCUUGGGAACGUUUAAUGACCAGAACGGUGCUGGCGUCUGUCGACCCUGGACGAACUGCUCUCUAGCCGGAAGAUCUGUGCUUAAGAAUGGGACCAAGGAGAAAGACGUGGUCUGUGGACCCACUGUGGUCAGCUUCUCUCCAAGUGCCGCCACUACUGCCACUACUGCUGUGACUCCUCCAGAGGGAGAGCCAGGAGGGCGCUACUUGCAGGUCCUUACCUUGUUCCUGGCACUGACAUCAACCUUGCUGCUGGUCCUGAUCUUCAUCCUUCUCCCGUUCUCUGUGCCCAAAUGGAUCAGAAAGAAAUUCCCCCACUUAUUCAAGCAACCAUUUAAGAAGGCCAUUGGAGCAGCUCAAGAGGAAGAUGCUUGCAGCUGCCGAUUUCCAGAGGAAGAAGAAGGAGGAGGAGGAGGCUACCAGCUGUGAUGUACCGUCAUCCUAGGAGAUGCACUGACCCUCAGGAAACCAAGAAGCACUAGGACCCCACCAUCCUGGGGAGUAGCACAAACAACCCUACCACCCUAUUCUUAAACACCAUCCUAGAUGUGUGGGCACGCACCCCAUCCAAGACUCUUCUAAUGCUAAUAUAUUUGUCUUUACCUUUUUUAAA